AUGUCGAAGCUCUUCCAGCCUCUAGAGGUGGCUGGCUGCCACCUCCAGCACCGCAUGAUCAUGGCGCCUCUCACCCGCUUUCGUGCCGAUGAAAAUUAUGUUCCCACAGCCAUCAUGAAAGAGUACUAUGCUCAGCGAGCCUCUGUGCCCGGAACCCUUCUCAUUAGCGAAGGCGUCCAGAUUUCUCAGCGAAGCAUCGGAAUACAGAACGUCCCAGGAAUCUGGUCGCGCGCCCAGAUUGACGCCUGGCGCGAGAUCACUGACGCUGUCCAUGCCAAGGGAUCUUACAUCUGGUGCCAGCUAUGGGUCCUCGGCCGUGCGAGCAGGUUGGACCCUGCUGUCCAGGAAAAGUUGGGUGUGAAGCUUCUGGGCGCCAGCCCCAUAGCAAUCUCGCCCGACCAUCGCAUUCCCGAGGAGAUGUCUGAAGAAGAUAUCCGACAGUCUAUUGAGGAUCACCGCGUCGCUGCGAGAAACGCUAUCGAGGCUGGAUUUGACGGCGUCCAACUUCAAGGCUCCGGCGGAUACUUGCUUGAUCAGUUCUUUCAGGAUGUCACCAACAAGAGGACAGAUCGAUGGGGCGGCAGCCUUGAAAACCGCGCGAGGUUCCCUAUCGAGGUCAUCAAGGCAAUCUCCCAGGAAAUCGGAUCGAUAAAAGUCGCCAUACGCUUGAGCCCGUGGAGCGACUUUCUAGGCAUGGGCAUGGAUGAUCCUAUCCCGGACUUCACUUACCUCGUCCAGCAGCUCCGCACCCUGGAUCUUGGAUUCCUUGAUCUGGUCGAGGCACGAAUCCGAGGAAACGAGGAUGCCGACUGCGGUGGCGACAAUGAUGUGUCCUUUGCUGUGCACGCUUGGGGUAGGGAAGCGCCUGUUAUGAUCGGUGGCGGAUUCAAUGGCGAGUCAGCGCAAAAGGCAGUCGAUGAGACUUAUAAGGACUACAAGGUGGCCAUCAUCUUUGGUCGCCACUGGACGAGCAACCCUGACCUGCCCUUCCGUGUGAAGGCGAACGUUCCGUUCGUUAAAUACGACCGCCCAACCUUUUAUGUGCCGGGGAAAAGCAAGGGCUACAGCGAUUGGGCGUUCAGUGAGGAGUUUCUGGCGUCGGGCGCCGCUGCAGGGGCCGCGUAA